ACGAUGGACCGCCGAGAAAACGCCCAAGGUUAAUCAAAGCUCUCGAUGGUGAACAGGUUUUUGAUGAUUCAAAGUCUAUAGCAUGGGGUGACCAGGAACAAAGUACCAGAAAGGCAUUGUACCAAGAUAUCCCAAACGUAAUUGUAAAAGGCGGAUAUUCUCCGGGCGAAUCUGAUUUUUUUAAAUUCGUUACAUCAGGCGUUUUUGUGGACAAAUCGCUUUUCAUCAUAGAAUUUAUGAUAUACAGUGAGCGGGCUAUACUUAUUACUCGCCCCCGUAGGUUUGGCAAAUCUACAAACCUUUCAAUGCUUUAUACUUUUUUCAAACCGGUGUCUGAACAAGAAAAAGAACAGAAGCUUGCUUUGUUUAAAGACCUCAAAGUUGCACAAUUCGAUUGGUUUAUGAAGCUGCACUUCGGCAAUUGGCCCGUUAUUUACGUUAGUUUCAAGGAUCUUAAUUAUAAGUCUUGGGAAUCAAUGCUAAAUUCCAUCAAGGAAAAAAUAUCAGAUUUAUACAAAGAACAUCGUUAUAUUAUUGAUAACAAAAAGCUUCAUAUAGAUGAUGAACUCUUAUUUAAAAAUAUUAUUGACGAAACAAUUGACGAGUCACAUUUAAUAAACACUAUCUCCCGUCUAUCACGCUAUCUUCACGAAUACUUUGGUAAACAAACCAUUAUUCUCAUUGAUGAAUACGACUGGCCGAUGGAACAUGCAGGAAGUUUUUACAACGAAGCUGAUAUUUUUUUUAAAUCCAUGUACUCUAGCGUUGCGAAGGAUAAUGAAUACGUAUGCAAGGUCCUGUUCGUUGGACUGCUUCCUCUAGGCCAAGCAAGUUUCCUUUCUGGACUUAACAAUGUUGGGCAUUACCCAAUGCAUAUCUUACCUGGAAUACGUGGGCGUGCCCAUUUCUCAGACAUGUUUGGUUUCACGGAGAAAGAAGUUGAGUUCUUGCUAAGUAAAAGUGAUCUGAAAUUUGAACUCGAUAAUUUGCGCACUCAUUACAACGGAUAUCGAACUAGUACCAAUGAGCGUGUCUACAACCCUCACUCAAUUAUAUCCUCUUUGCAAAAAGGUAUUAUCGGGGACUACUGGACAAAUAGUGGUUCGACAGUCACGGUUAGGGAAUGUCUAAAAAAAUGUAGCCAAAAUAUUGAAGAAGAGCUCCAGAGUCUUUACUAUUCAUUUUAUUCGUUACAAGACGCCGAUAGAUAUGUUAAAGUGGAACUCAUACCACAUCUCCGAUACGACGUUCUCGUGAAUGAGCUAGAAAUAAACGCGAUCUAUACAUUACUAUGUUAUAGUGGCUAUUUGACCAUAAGUUACGAUGAACUUGAUGUGUCUACUGAAGUCAAACUUACUAUACCAAACAGAGAAGUUGCUAAACAAUGGAAGCAGUGGAUUAUCGAUUUCGUAGGCGUAGAUCGGCUAAAAGCGAAUGACAUAUUCAACUUGUUAUUCAAGAAAAAUAUUAAGGUGUUUUGCGAACAAUUUCCUGCUCUUUAUAUGGAAAUAAUCUCCUGUUUUGAUAUUGGUGAUUCUAAAAGAGCCAAAUCAUAUGAGGGUUGGUACCAUACAUUUGUCCUUGGAGCACUUGCAAUGUUUCAUGGUGAUGAUUACCAGGUCGUCUCCAAUCGUGAAACUGGGAAAGGUCGUCCUGAUGUCCGCAUCAUCCCAAUUAACCCAAAAUUUGAUACUUGUAUUAUUUUUGAGUUUAAGCUCGCUAAAUCGAAAGACCGUGAAGGAAUGAGAAAGCUCGCUAAGGAGGGGCUAAAACAAAUUAUUGAUAAGAACUAUCGGUCAAAUACUGCAAGUCAUAUCGAAACGAUAGUUGAGGUUGUCAUCGCCUUCUGUAAUAAAAGUACCUUUGUCUCUGCUCAAUGUUUACAAUGUAAAAAAGGUGGGAAAAAAGGUAAACCUUCGACACAUGACUGGGAAAUUAUUUCAUCGGCUGAAUCAAGGUUAGAAGGAUGA